AUGGGCCGAGCCCGCAAGCCCUCCCCUCUCAAGCCGGUGUCCCGCGGACCGUACAAGCCGUCCGACGGCCGGCUGGUAACCAAUGGCGCCAUCUACGCCGUGGCCGGCAAGCCCGUCGCCUUCCCCCUGAUCAUGGGCAUCAACACCGAUGCCGCCGAGCGCUGGAACCCCAAGCACCUCGUCUUCCACCUGGCCGUGCACCAGGCGGGCGGGCGCGGCGCGCGCGUGCCCGACCACGAGCGGGACCAGCUCGUGUCGUGGCCGAACGAGGACGAGGAGGACGAUAAGGCCAACGUCCUCGCCGCCACCGCCGCCGCCGCUCGGGACCCCUUCGCGGCCAGGACGCACGGCGACGCGCGCCUGCUCAAGGUGCACUCACGCACGCGCACCAUGGGUCGCACGACGCACCACCCGCACUACUACUUCGAGGUCGGCGGCUUCGCCAUGACGCGCCCGGGCGUCUACCGCCUCGCCGUCGAGGUGCGCGAGUCGCUCGACGUCGUCGGCCGCGUCCCGCCGCGCGCCUCGUACCGCGCCAAGCACGACAUUGUCGUCGUCGCCGCCGGCGAGGAGAGCGAGAACUCGGCCGAGGAUGCCGAGAUAUUUGGGGAGUACUGCAAGUCGGAGAUGCACUUCUUUGAGAAUCUGCAUGGCCGUUACACCCACGAGACGCUUGAGAAGAUGAAGCUCGAGGACAAGAAGAUUAACUCCGAGGACGAGGAGAUCAAGUCGGAAGACGAGGAUAUCAAGUCGGAAGACGAGGAGCUCACGUCUGAGGACGAGGAUAUCAAGCGCGAGGACGACAAGAUCUACCCGCAGGAUAUGCAGAUGGCUCAUGGUUACCAGAUGUACCUGAACACUCAGAACAUCCAGCCCGAGGACGACAAGACCAAGCUCGAGAAGAAGAAGAAGAGCGAGAAGCUCAAUCGCAAGUAUAUCAAGUAUCUCGAGGAUCGUGUGGCCAGGCUCGAGAAUGAAAAGAUGGAUCUCGACGAUCAACACAUCAAGCGCGAGGACCUCCUGGAUCCGAAGAUCAAGUUGGAGAAGGAGUAG